CCUUUUUGAUUUGGACAUGAGGAUAAAACCUCGCAGCGAGUACUGAAUAUGGUCUACCUGUGUCACCAGGCCUUUGUGAAACAAAAGAAGUAAACAGACGACAAAAUUGUGAACAUAUUUGAGCAUAUUUCUCAAGUUUGGUUUUCAGAUUCCCUCAGCAGCGCCCUGUAGCACAUGUUUCAUAGCUGCGAGAGUCUUCAGGAUCUCUGCAGACGUGUUAUUAUCCGUGCAGUGGGGAGCAGAAGGCAGGUUGAGCCUCUGCCUUUGCCCAGCGCGCUCAAGGAAUGGAUAAGGGAAUACGAAGAAGAACCACGGUUCGAUCGCAAAUUGACGAACCUCAAACACGUUAUGUUUUCUGCAGAUGACACGACGGUGACGUUUAAAGGCACAUCAUUCUAUAGCACUACCCUGAUUAAGACCCCAUAUGGGCGUGGCUACAUAAGCGGGAAACAUGAGUGGGUUUUCUACUUUGACAACUGCAUGGGCCAAGUAGCUGUCUGCGUUGUACCCGCUAAGUUCAAAGAAGGCAAGGAUUUUGACCUGGUUCCAUAUAUUGGUCACUGUGUUGGUUGGUGCUUCAAUCAAGUAGGACGUGCUACAUAUGAGCUGCCUCUUUGGGAGGAGAAGAGAUACUACAGUUCAUUGUUCAACUCCUGGGAUAUGGUGUGGGUGUUAUUAGAUAUGGACAAAGGAACAUUGGGGUUCAUGGUGAACGGCAAGGAAUUGGGUGUGGCAUUCAGUGAAGGAAUUAUUGGCAAUGAGUUAUUUCCUGCAAUAUGCUUGUGUGGGGAAGGGGAAAAAGCAACUAUAAUUAGCAGUAGCACGUAUUUAUAGACUUGAAGAUUUGGCACAUCAAGAGAUGAAAAAUCUAAAACAAAAAUGCAUGUGCUAAUAGCUUAGUCAUGAACUCAGGUAAGGAGCCCUUGCCAGACAACUGUUAUUCCUUUCAACCAAUAUUUGAGACAAAUCAUGAGAGGAAACCCCAAAGUAGCCACCUAAAAAUACAAUCUUAUGCUUCAUUUACCAAAUUCAAUCACAGGCUUACCAUCCUCACAUUAUUAUCAUUAGAAUUAUUUCCUGUAAAUGAUCCAUUGCAAAAAAAAUUGAUGUCAAUAAAUCGUUACUAUUUGUAAUAGAUCAUUAACGGGAAAUAAUUCUGGUGAUAACAACUGAAUGUGAUUCAGUUGAAAAUAUCCAAACAGGUUCUACAAAUCAGCAGAUGGAAAUGGAUGCUUUUUCACACUUGUUGCUAUGCUAGAAUGACAAAAUGAUGGUCGACAGAGACUAUUAGAAUUGAGGUGAAAACCCUUCUGAAAACAGAAUUCAAUAAAAAAGCUUUGCCCUA